AUGGGAGCGCAACUGGGGCAGCACCACCUGGAGCUGCGCCGGGCCGACGAGGACCUGCAGCAGCAGCUGAGACAAACAGAGGCGGAGACGCGGGAGCUCUUGGCCGAGGAGUUGAGAGCCCUUUGUGACCGCGUCGAUGAGGAGUUGUCAGCGCUGCGUGAUGAGUUGGAGGAGGCGAUGAAGGGCGAGCUGCUGGUGAAGAACAUCGAAGAGAACAAGCAAGAGAUGUUGACAUCCACCAUGGAGGCAGUUCAGGGUGCCAAAGCCAAUGUGCAAAAGGCAGUGGAGGAGCAGCAGCAGGCCAGGGCUGCAGAGGAACAAAGAUUCCAGUUGUCGGAGGCGGAGAUUUGGCUAAAGCUGGAGCGAUUACAGGAGCUGAUCCAUGAAACCGGGCAGCAGGAGCCCGGGCGAAAGCGGGACAGGGGAGCCAAAAAUCUCGGGGCAAGAGAGGCCAGUGAGAACUUGGCCAAGACCAGCGGUCAGCUGGACGAGAAGUUUUCGCAGGCACUGGAUUUGGCCGAUCGCCGGAUCGGAGCCUUGGACGAGAUCAGCCUGCGACUGCGCUCGGGCUUGUGUGAGGUGCAGAACGUUCCCACCCGACGAGUGACAUGGGUCAUCCGCGAAGCCUCGAAAAAGAUCCGAAGACCGCUGCUGGAUGAUGUGAAGAUCCAGCCCCAUGUGAGUUGGUUUUCGCCCCUCUUCGACGCAGGAGGAUGCCAUGGACUUCAACUUGAACUGCAGGUCUUCAGAAACAUCGACCCACCGAUCGAGGGGCAGGAGGCAGGAGAUUGUGCGGUCUACCUGUGGGCGACAAAAGGGUCAAACCUCGUCUACAAGUUGGGCGUUGGGACCAGGUGGCAACUGCUUGAGAAGAGGUUCAAUGGUCGUGUCCCCUAUGGUCGGUUCCUGAGAGCAUGGUGCAGCCAUAUGCAGCCUAGGGAGUUGACCCCAAGUUUUCUGCAGUUUUGUCCUGGAAUUCUUGGGAUAUCUUGGGAUGUUCUGACAAUUGAUGACUAA